UAUGAGUACUAUAUCAAAGCUAAGACCCAAAAGAAAUCUAAUUACAAUAGUAUUAUUAUUCUAAUUCUAGAGUGAUAAAGCUGCAGAAAGACUCACAGAACUUAUGAAAUAAUAGAGUAAUCCAGCAAUUGAUGCAGUCAAAAUAGGAGUAAGAAAACGAGGUUGUAAUGGAUUAUCUUAUACAAUGAAUUAUUGUUCUGAACCAGAAAAAUUAGAUGAAGUAGUCGAAUCAAAAGGUCUUUUUUUUAUUAAAGCCUUAGGUGUGAAAGUCAUAGUUGAUUCUAAAGCUGUAAUGGUACUAGUAGGAACUGAAAUGGAUUAUGUAGAGGAUGACAUUAAAAGUGAAUUUGUUUUUAAGAAUCCAAAUCAAAAAGGCCAAUGUGGUUGUGGAGAGAGUUUUCAUAUUUGAC